AUGAGCCCCCAGGAGAGUUCUGUCCACCCUUCCCAGUUUCUCCUGUUGGUGGGGAUCCCUGUGGCCAGCGCUUUCCUUCUGGUUCAAUGCCUGCUAUGGCACUGUUCUCGGUGGCUGCCAGGGACCUGCCGGAAGCCAGAUGACCAAGAGGAAUCAGUGUCACCACCCACUCCAUUACCAGAAUAUGAGCUCCCAAGGCAGUGCCCACCCCAGACACUGCUGGAGGCGGCUGCGUUCUAUCAGGAACUCCACACACCCACCCGGGGCCAGACUAUCACCCAACAGCUGAUGCAUAAGCUACUGGUAUAUUCUGCUCGCGAGGUGGAUCACCGUGGCGGAUGCCUGAUGCUGCACGACACAGGCAUUUCCCUGUUCAUUCCGCCAGGUGCUGUGGCGGUGGGUCGCCAGGAGAGGGUGUCCUUGGUUCUGGUGUGGGACCUGACAGAUGCCCCGUCGUUGUCUCACAGACAGGGGCUAGUGAGUCCUGUGGUGGCAUGUGACCCUCAUGGGGCCUCUUUCCUGAAGCCUUGUACCCUCACGUUCAAGCACUGUGCCCAGCAGCCCAGUCAGGCCUGUGCCUACAACAGCAAUACUUCCUUGCUGGAUGCCAAGGACUGGAGACCUCUGGGCCGGCCCAAGGCUUGUAUCUCCCGGGAUGAGUGUCGUAUCCUGCUCUCUCACUUCAGCCUCUACACCUGCAUUCUGGAGGCGCCCCUGGGCCAGACAGCCCGCAAGUGGCUGCAGCUGGCAGUGUUCUGCUCCCCACUGGCACCGGGGCAGACCCACCUGCAGUUGCGUGUCUACUUCCUGAACAAUACCCCCUGCGCCCUGCAGUGGGCUAUCACCAAUGAACAGCCCCAUGGUGGACCCAAAGAAAAAGGACCAAACACAAGGCCAAUGAUCUUUCCUUCCUCAGUAGUCAUCCUGAAAUGGAAGGAUGUGAGGUGGGAGGCUGGAAGUUGGGAAAAUGUGGAUGACAGUAGUAGCCAGCUGGUUCCCCAUCUUCAUAUCUGGCAUGGCAAGUGCCCCUUCCGUUCUUUCUGCUUCCGGAGAAAGGCAGCCAAUGAGAAUGAAGACUGCUCCGCAUUAACCAAUGAGAUCAUUGUCACCAUGCACACCUUCCAGGAUGGCUUGGAAAACAAGUACAUGGAGAUCCUCAGAUUCCAGGCGUCAGAGGAGGAGUCCUGGGCAGCACCACCUUUUGUCUCUCAGCCACCCCCGUGCAAUAGGCUGCCCCCAGAGCUCUUUGAGCAGCUGCAGAUGCUGUUGGAGCCCAACAGUGUCACUGGGAAUGACUGGAGAAGACUGGCCUCCCACCUGGGUCUCUGUGGCAUGAAAAUCCGGUUCUUAUCCUGCCAGCGCAGCCCAGCUGCGGCCAUCCUGGAGCUGUUUGAGGAACAGAACGGCAGCCUGCAGGAGCUUCACUACCUCAUGACAUCCAUGGAGCGGUUGGACUGCGCCUCUGCUAUCCAGAACUACCUGAACAGAACCCCCCGAGGCAGUCCUGCCAUGAUGCACGGGGGCGCCUGGGAGAACUAUAGUUUAGAGCUGGAUGAGAAACUCUAA